AUGGCCUCCCACGACUACUACAAUGGGCAGCCCUAUCGCAAUCCGACACCCCAGUCAUCCUACCCAGGUUAUAACCCGCAGCCAGCUUCGUACCCAGAGCCGCCCCCGUACAGCUCGCAACAGUAUCUCGGCUCCAAUCCCCAACGGCAGCAAGGCGCGUCGCCCUCGCCCUUCGAGACCGUCUUCGAUGAUCAUGUUUACCCGGCCAGCACACACCAGACUCCAGCUUCGAGUCAGCAGAAUCUUGGCCAUCAAGACACAGCCUAUCACGGCCUAGGUCGAACGCCCUCGGAGGAUACCAUGAACAACAGCAACAACGGCAUCCCUCUCCAGGAUCGGAUGCCCAAGGACUCGGCCGCUGAUGCUACCGAUCAUGUCUACGAGGCACCCCCGCGCAAGAAGGCAAAGAAGGCAGCGGUCCGCUUCGGCGAGCUGGGCAUGUUCGGUGCCAAUAGCAAGAGGAUACCCUGGGUCGUUUAUCUCUUCUCAAUUGUUCAGGUCGGCGUGUUCAUUGGGGAGAUCGUCAAGAAUGCUACAACGACGGGAUCUCCUAUUAUGAUUCACCCCUCCUUCAAUCCUAUGAUCGGACCAUCACCCUAUGUCCUGAUCAACAUGGGAUCCAGAUUCGUGCCUUGUAUGCACAACAUUCCCGCUGUGCAGGGCUCUACCAUUAAGAUUGACUGGCCUUGCCCGAAUACCACGACGAAUGAUGCCGAUGCUGCGUCACAGCAAUGCACUCUUUCCCAAUUGUGCGGUUUUGGAGGCGUUCCCGAGCCCAAGUACGAUGGCAAUGAGGAUCAGAAGCCCGAACCUAACCAGUGGUUCCGCUUUAUCGUUCCGAUCUUCUUGCACGCGGGACUUAUCCAUAUCGGCUUUAAUUUGCUACUGCAACUAACUUUGGGCAAAGAGAUGGAGAGAGCUAUUGGCUCGAUUCGAUUCUUCCUCGUCUAUAUGAGUUCUGGAAUCUUUGGUUUUGUGAUGGGUGGAAACUACGCAGCAACUGGCAUUUCCUCGACUGGAGCAUCUGGAUCAUUGUUUGGCAUUAUCGCUCUGACCUUGCUUGAUCUUCUGUACUCAUGGAAAGACCGCCGAAGUCCCGUGAAGGAUUUGAUGUUCAUCUUCCUCGAUGUCGCCAUCUCUUUCGUUCUCGGUCUUCUCCCCGGAUUGGACAACUUCUCCCAUAUUGGUGGCUUCCUCAUGGGCCUGGCACUGGGUAUCUCAGUCCUCCACUCGCCGAAUUCUCUUCGACGUAGAAUCGGGGAAGAUGCGUCUUAUGCUUCGGUCAAUGCCGGAUAUGUCAACUCAACCUCUCCUAACUUUCUCAGAAACCCGGUCGGAUUCUUUAAGGGUCGGAAGCCGCUCUGGUGGGGAUGGUGGCUGCUUCGCGCUGGUGCUCUGAUUGGAGUUACAAUUGUCUUCAUCGUACUGCUCAACAACUUCUACAAGUAUCACAACACUUGCGGCUGGUGCAAGUAUCUUAGUUGCUUGCCUGUGAACGGUUGGUGUGACAAUAACUUACAGCUCACCAACAAGACUUCAAAGCGGGAUUUUAUUGAAGGAUUUGAGCACAUCGCGAGGCUAUAUGGACCUUAA